AUGGACUGUGAAAGAGAGGAAAUACUGCACGAAGUGAAAGAAUUCAAGCCCAGCACCGAGGUCCUCAGAAUUGUGCUGUAUGGACCGACUGGAGUUGGGAAAUCAUCCUUCAUCAACUCAGUCCAGAGGGUCCUCUCAGGCCGGAACGCCAUGAUUGCUCUGGAAAACUCCACACUUACAGGAAAAAGCUUCACAAAAAAAAUGAACAUACACAAGCUGAAGAAGGGCCGAGGUGAGCGUUAUCCUCUGGAGAUCGUUGACAUCAUGGGGAUUGAAUCGACAGAUGGAGGAAUAAAACAUGAAGACAUCAUCAAGGCAUUUUUGGGACACAUUUCAGAUGAGUACAUCUUUAAUCCUGGGGCAGCCAUAACCGAUCACGACCCAAAAUACAAAAAGAACCCAACUUUGCGUGAUAAGGUUCACUGUCUGGUGUGCAUUCUGUCUGCGGACUCUGUUUCAAGAAUGGACGGCAAGGUCUUUGAUGAAUUGAGGCUCGUUCGAGAGAGUGCUAGCCUGUUGGGAAUCCCUCAAGUCAUCGUCAUGACCAGGGUGGAUAAAGCCUGUGAGAUGGUUAGCCAGGAUUUAAAGAAAAUCUACUACAGCAAGAAGAUCAAAGAGAAGGUGGAUAAAUGCAAUGAUAACAUGGGCAUCCCAUUAAACGCCAUCUACCCUGUGAAGAACUACUCUGAAUCCAUCACCCAAGAUCUAGUAAUCGACAUGCUCCUCCUCACGGCAUUGAGAGAUAUUCUAAAUUUUGCCAAUGACUAUGUGGAACGUGAGAUGGAAAAAGAUGAGUAGUAAUGAGCGAUAUAAAAAUAUACAUUGAAAUGUGGAUUGAGGUCAACCUUAGUUUAGGUGUGUACUGUACUUUAUUCUUUAACUUCUCCCUUCUUCAUACUCGUCUCGUUUGCAUCAUUCAAGUUGAUCAAGUUGUACAAGUUGAUCUUCAUCUCAUCUGUUCGUAGUAUGUUGUUCUAGAUGUGUUUUUAAAAAAGUUUUUGGCAAACCAGUGCUUAACAUCUUGUGGUAAAACCUCGGUAUUUAGUCUGGUGAAGUCUUCUCUUGAUUGUUGACUUUGACACAGAUAUGCCUACAUCCUUGAGGAUAUUCUUGAUCUGGCCAACUGUUGUGAAGGAGUUUGUCUCCUUCACAAGGAGGGAAACUCCUUCUUUCAGCAGGGGAAGAAUUCUUCUGUUAUCCACCACAGUUGUUUUCCAUGGUCUUUUAUGUUCCUGAGCUCACCAGUGCAUUCUUCAUUUUUAAGAAACUACCAAGUAAUUGAUUUGGCCACACCUACUGUUUCUGCUAUCUCUCUGUUGGGUUUGUUUUCAUUGUUUGUUUCAGCCUAAUGAUGUUAUAUUUCACUGCCAGUGACAACAUUUUGGACUUCCCAUUGAGAGCUAACAGCAACAGAUUCCAAAUGCGAAUGCCACACUUGAA